AUGAACAGAGGUUCAUUCUCUUCAUCUUCUUCAUCUUCUCCCGACGGCCCCCCUCGUCGUCAAAUGGAUGGCAGUCCAUUGUCGACUUUCCGCGACAGCAGAGUCUCUCGUGCCUCGGUUCUUCCUUCAGUCGUUUUGCCAUAUCUACGUCGCCUCGACCUUGGGGAUACUUCUGGUCUCCCUCUCAAAGAUCCGAUGCUGGUCCUCAAGCUUUCUUCACAAUCCUUUUUGGAUAGCGAUAUCAAAGACGACAUUUCUCGGGUCCCCCUGUACACUAUCAGGACUAACGGUACUCAAACCAGCGUUGUUCGCUCAGAUCCCUGGAAUGGAAAUACCACCAUAGCAGAAGUUGAAUGGCCUAUCUUAGAUCCUAGCAAAGCCAAAGGCAAACAGCUAGAUGGUGUUACCAUCCAGAUGCGAAGUGGGCGGCAAAAACAAGCAGAUACAUUUCUGAGGCCAGGCUCAAUUCUGAGCGCCCCGCGCAAGUUCAAGAUUCCCGGAUAUUCACGUUCUUUGAAAUGGAAGGCUGUCGGAUCGUCCUACUGGUGCCUAGCUGCCUCUGCGAAAGGUCCCAUCGCGAUUUUGGAACGAGGUGCAGAAACCAUGCCUCCAAUAAUCAAGGUCUUCGAAACAUUACACGAUAAAUACGACACCCGUCCCAUGUUGGUCCACCAGGGUGUCUCCAUUCUUCUCCUGGACUAUGUAAUGGUUACCGCUCUCCUUUUGACUACCGACAUACAAGAAUGGAUGGUUGUUCAAAAGCAUGACGGAGAAGUCAAUCAUGAACUUCCUCCCGAAGUAUCCGGUAGUGACGACUUUGGUCCUAGGUCAGCCCCACCUGCGUCAACUUCGGCCUUGCAGUGGAGAAAGGUUCUUUACGGUGUCCCACUCUAUCCGAAGCGACAGUCGAGUGCAUCUACUGCCUCGCACGUACGCUUUCCUGGGAACCUUAAUCAAAUUGCCAAAAUCGUGAAUGGCGAGCCAAUGUAUCCAUCUCUGUAUAGAGAGAGCUCGAGUAUCGAUUUCUCAUCUUCCGAGAGUGAAAGCGAUCAGGAGACUGAGUCUGAAGACAUCCUUGAUACGAGGGUUCAGCCGUCUUCGACUCCGUCCCGCGCACCAAGUCCCUCUGCCGAAUCUGUUCUCUACCCUCUCACGACAGCCUCUGCACCAUCUCACACUUAUCUAGACCCAUCCUUCUACAAUGAAUAUGGUAUCCCUCCCGUUCCUCCUCUCCCUGCGGAAUAUGUUGCUUCGCGCAACCUGGUUAGUCCCGUUUCCGCGUCGGCUUCUCGACGGCCUAGGGAGCUUCCUAGACCGCCUUCCCAGCACUCAGCGACACAUCGUUCUCGUUCUAGUCCUCCAAGACCCCAUACAAGUCCCUCUAGCCCCGCUGAACCAUACAGUGCUGAUUUUACUCCAGACCGCAGGCGACCCUCUGUCGACUCAACUUUCUUGAGUCGCAAUAACUCACAAUUUCAGAGGACGUUACCUGAGCUUCCUCCAAUUUCUUUACAGGCCUCAACAAGUCACUCACCACUUCGUCAUAGUCAAAGCAGCACACGGCCAAUGAAUUCUCGGACGAGGGAAAAACGUUCAUCACAGUGUCCUCGCCGUACGCUUCCCCCAACGCCGACAGCAGUGUCACACCCAGAUUGGAUGACUGGCUUGCGGAUCCGGAAACGGUCACAUAAUGAGUUGGCACAGUGGUUUCACAAUGGUCACGACUCUAUGCCAACUCGUUAUGAUGACCACAGACAAUCGAUGGUGUUCGAUGCACUCGAUUGUCCGCCGCCAGCAUAUAAUUCCCUCGAAUUUGCGGCCGGCACGUCUUUGAAUAUUGCUCCCUCGUCGUCUCUGCCGCCGCCGCCGCCUCCUAUGCAUGAUAUGCAAGGAGUCUUACAAUAA